CAAUGCUUUUCCUUUUCCGUGGAGCUGCUAUUUUACUUGUGUGUUGUUUUUUGAUUUAUAGGUUUUUAUUUUCAGUUGUGAUUUCAAUUUGUUGUGGGUUUCCGUUUCAUUUCUAUUGUUUAGUAGGCGAUCUUCAUGAGUAUUGGUUUUAUCUGUUGCAGGUGCUGUCCUCGGUGGAUGGACAGUGAUGUGGGCGGUCGGCGGUCCAGGCUGCUCUUCAACAUGGUCGGCAACGUCCUUGGACUCCUGGUGGUCUGCGCGCGAUGGUAUGGGCUGUCCCUCUACCUGACGGAUGUCAUCCUCAGCCUGGCGGGUGGUGUCGUCCGGCUCAUCUUGGCAUUCUGCGGGCGGUGGUACGGGCUGUCCCUCCAUGCCAUGGAUGACGUCUUUGGCUUGGCUGGUGAUGUCGUCCGGUCCCUCUCGGCGUUCGGCGGCGUGCGGUGCAACUUCAGUCUUGAUAUUCUCGGAUGAUGUUCGCCCAAUAUAGUGGGAUGGAUGUGUUGUC